AUGGCAUUGAAGUUUGAUAUAGAGAAAUUUAAACUUAAAAGAUUCUCAGUGAGUGUUUUGUUCAAUUCUAAAGCAAAAAGCAGCAUGUGCUGGAAAUAUUUCGGCGAUCUUGUUCUACAAGAUGCCGAUGAGAACGUCAACAAGAAGAAAAAAGUUUUAGAAGACCUGGUGUUUUGCAACUUUGAGCUGAAAACUUUCACGCUUAAAACUGAACUAAUGGAAGGUGUUAAGAGUGGAGAAAAGAUACAGAAAGCAAUAAACGAAACAAAAAAAGAGUUUGCAAUCACUGACAAGAAGCUUUGCAGUGUAACUGACGUAGGAACUACUGUGAAACGGGCAGUUAAAUUGGCGAAAAUUGAUAGCCAUCUUUGCCUAGGCCAUGAUUUAGAGAAAGAUGCAGAUAACGAACAAAAGAAGUUUUUAAAUCUUCUGGAAACAGCAGCUCAAACUGUUGAAGACGAUGAAAAUGAUCCUAUUUGCGGGAAUGAAAACGAAGUCGAAGAAGAUCGCUCUCUUUUCGGAAAUUUGUCAAAUGUUCCUAGCGUUAAAACGUCUACACCCACACAUGACGAAACGUUGAUCAUGUUGGCUUUGAAAAACAAUAUGUUGGCCAACCUCAAUAAAAGGUUCCCGACAACAGAACCACUUGUCACUGCAGCUUUGCUAGACUGCCGUUUUAUGAGGCUUAAAGAAAUAGUCACAUACCUCAAAACCAAAGGGAUGACACCUGCGUCUUUCUUAGUGGAUCGCGCAACAGAAAUAAAAUCCAUUACUCGAGACCAAAGUGAAGAUCCACAAGAAGUAAUCCAAAGCCCAAGUACAAGUAAGGAAUCACUACUAACUCAGCUGUCUCGCAAAUAUAACUACUCCCAACUUAAUUCAGAGAGUGUUGAAUAUAUCGACCAAGAAGUCUGGAAAUAUAUCGCAACCGCAGAUCACGCUGGGCUCGAAGACGGCGAUCUCCUGGGUCACUGGAAGAAAAGAAGAAAUACUUAG